AUGGGGAACAUAGGAAGUGAUGAGUAUGACUACGAUACAAAGUUUACUCAGAUGGAAGAGCCUAAAUACCUUAGCAUCAAGACUGUUACAGCUGGUAAUGAGUCUCUAGAACUAUUUGACUACCAUUCUAAUAACCCUAUUCCUAAACAUUUCACCGUGAAAUCUGCUAAAUGAUUUUACGUCUGAAGGAAGAAAGAGGAUGUGUAUAUAGCCAAUGUCGAUGAAAUUGAUAAGUCAAAUUUGGCCCGUGAUGUACGCAUCAUAGCUGCUGUUGUGUACUAUCAGAGGGAUUAUUAUGUAUAUCAGCCUAGAUCCCUGCUGAAUAAAGACCUUAUUAAGUAUUCUAAUGGCUUAGCAUGAUAUAUUAUGUCCCAGGUCGAGCAAAGAUUGGAUUUCAGGAAUAAUAGGUAUGCUCGGAAUGAAUUUAAGGCAGGUGACUUCAUCAAGUUUGGAAGAAUCUGCUAUCACGUGAGAGAGACCUCAGAAGACCCAAUUUUAUUAAGUGAAGCGCCUUCUCAUGAAGGCAGUCCUCGAAGUAUGAUGGAUAACACCAUUGCAGAAGGUGUGCUUGGAGCAACCUCUGCAAUGGACGCAUUGAACUAUCAUAGUAUGAGAUUACAAGGAAAUUAUUUGGAGCCAAAUCGUCCUCGCUCAGAUAAUUCCACGAGGACUCCUUCAUACCUGCGAGCGCCCAUGUCUCUUCAGAGAGCAAAUAGGAAGCUUUCAAAUUCAGAAAAAGCAUUGCAAGUUAAAAAGCCUCAAGAAGCAGUGAAGGAGGAGGAAAAUGAUUCAAAGGAGCAAUUCGCAUGAAGAAUUUGCCUAUGUGAUGGAGAUGUCGAGGAGGAGCUAGCAAAAGGCAAUCUCGAGAAUGCUCUUGUAUCACCAUGCAGCUGAUCAGGAACGAUGAAGUACAUGCAUUAUCUAUGACUAAAAGCCUGGGUUGAUAGUAAAAGGAAGGUUAAAUAACUAUCCUCACGUGAGCACUUAUUAUUGGAAAGAUCUGACAUGCGAGCUUUGCAAAGAUCAGCUUCCAGAAGCUCUUACUGUGCAAGGCAAGGAGAUUUCAUGAAAUAAAUUACUCGAUUAUCAUGUUCCGAAGGGAUCAAAAUUUGUAGUGUUAGAGACUUAUAGCCACUCUGAUGAAAAGAGCCGGAUUAUCCAUGUGCUUGAUUUUGGACUCACUCCUACCCUUACUGUUGGCAGAUGUAGGGAAGCAAACUUGAAAAUCCCAGACAAUUCGGUUUCAAGACUCCAUUCUGAAAUUAUUUCAUACGGUAGCAAAUUUUAUCACAUGGAUUUGCAGUCUAAAUUUGGAACUUUGAGGAUCUUUAGAAAACCUCUGAAAAUAACCAGUUCUCUGAUUAUCCAAUCUGGUUGAACUGUAAUGAGGUUUAAGCUACAUACACCUAAAGAGAAUUGCUGCGAGAAAUGGUUUGGAAGCGGUACGAGCUACAAACCUCACCCUUUUAUGGGCUAUGAACUGCUUUCCGACUAUCUCCCAAAAGAGCUCAAGUUAUUCUUCAAGAUAAUAGAUGCUAAGCGGCAAGCUCAAGGAAGAAAUGCUAGAAAUAACGAAUAUCGCAAUAAGCACACUCUAUUUGCCUUGACAAUGCAGGAAUACAAGGAGAAUAGGUCAAGAGAUAAGCCAAGAGAUAGAUCAAGGGGUAGGAACUCAAGAAGCCCAAAUAACUCGCAGGCCAAUCCUUCCGCAAGAGAUGCUAACCCUGAUGCAAGGCCUAGAGAAGCUGCAAAAGAAGAGAAGAAGAGGAGUGAUCAGUAUGAAGUCAAGGUCCAGCCUCCUAAUCGGCGUAUCAGUACUUUGAAAAAGCCUAGGGCGACAAAUCUAGCUCUCCAGAAUAACCCUCAGGCUAUUAUUGACACUAGGAGGAACAAUGUAUGGCAAUCCGACCAUAUAGUCAUGAAUCCGAGGGAAGAAGAUAAGGUGCAGGACAUCCAGUCUAAUGCUGAAGGUGAGGAGAGCAAGAUCCUCUCCAUUGUUAACAGGGAGUUAGACAUGCUCAGGAGAGAACAGCUAAAUGAUUCCCAAGAUGGCAUUGAUAUUGGAGUCAGAUUACUCGAUACACCAAAUGCAAACCAGCGGAACAGACAUGGGAAUAACUCUCCAAGCCGGGACAGCCAGAUCCUCAACUUCGGUAGUGAAAUACAGCGGUUGAUCUAGACCCUCAAAGAUAUCCCUUCUACCCAAAUUUUUGUAUCACACACAACAGAUCUUAAAAAAUGGUCUAUUCCACUAUCAGAAGGCUUAAUCACUAAUUUCAAAACCCAAAAUAUUACCCAAA